AUGGAGGUUCAGGUAAUCUCUGUACUUUUUAAGUCCUUUUCACAAGUAACCCUUUACUUCGUCACUGUUUCCCUUUUAAUAGCCCUCUUGCCUCGGGAACCCCCAAAAAUCAAAUCGGUAACAGACGGCGCAUUAAUAACUGGAGCUUAUCCAUACUAUUCUCCUCCUCCACCAGCGCAGCCGCCACCACUACUUGCGUGUGUCACAGCGCAACUGCAGUGCGUCCAUCCACCUCCCGUUGCUUCGCCACCAAACCCUAGUGGUGGUCUGGUUCCACCACCACCACAUCACUUGCCACCACCAACUAGCGGACCACCACCACCAACUAGCGGAUCACCACCAAAAUGGCAACCACCACCACCAACUAGCGGAUCACCACCAAAAUGGCAACCACCACUUGCACUACCACCAACACCACCAGGUCAACCACCAGUAGCUGCACCACCACCAAAGUUGCAACCACCAACACCACUAGGUCAACCACCACUUGCUGCACCACCACCAAAAGUGCAACCACCAACACCACCAGGUCAACCACUACUUGUUGCACCACCACCAGAAGUGCAACCACCAACACCACUUGCUGCACCACCACCAAAAUUGCAACCACCAACACCACCAGGUCAGCCACCACUUGCUGCACCACCCCUAAAUUGGCAACCAACAACACCACCAGUUGGUGCACCACCGCCAAAAUGGGGACCAGCAACACCACCAGGACCACCACUUGCUGCACCACCUCCUACAAUACCUACACCAAACUACUCAAUCCCACCAUCACCAUCAAACGUUCCAAUACCACCGCCGCCUCCAGGAGGAGGAGGAGGAGGCAACAACCACACAACCGUCAUAGUGGUGUGUGUCUCUCUUGGUGGUUUAUUCUUCUUGGCAAUCCUUGUAGUUGACAUCUUCUGCUUAACUAAGAAGAAGAAGAAGAAAAAGAAGCCCAUACUGGUCCCAGCAGCAGCUGCUUGCGUCGAAGAGCCACCUCCGCUGUGUGCUGAAGAAACUGAAGUUGUGGCAGUAGUAGUUGAGGAGGAGUAUGGCCAAAUUCAUGAAGUUGGAGGCAUUUCCAGUUAUGGUGGUUCGCAACCGGGUGUCACCGGGGCUGCAACUAGUACUUAUGCAUAA